AUGAGUGGAGGGGUCUAUGGUGGAGAUGAGGUUGGGGCGCUGGUGUUCGACAUCGGCUCCUUCUCCGUGCGGGCUGGCUACGCUGGAGAGGACUGCCCUAAGGCAGAUUUCCCCACCUCGGUGGGUUUUCUGUCCCAUGACGAGUCGGCCAUGGAGCUUGAUGGAGACAAGGAGAAGAAGGCAGGGAAGGUCUAUUAUAUUGACACCAAUUCCCUGCAUGUGCCGCGGGAAAGCACGGAGGUCCUCUCGCCGCUCAAGAAUGGGAUGAUUGAAGAUUGGGAUUGCUUCCAAGCCAUACUGGAUCACACCUACAACAAACACAUCAAAUCUGAGCCCAACCUGCACCCAGUGCUCAUGUCUGAGGCUCCGUGGAACACGCGUGCCAAGCGUGAGAAGCUGACGGAGCUGAUGUUCGAGCAUUACAGUAUCCCAGCCUUCUUCCUCUGCAAGACCGCUGUGCUGACUGCGUUUGCCAAUGGACGCAGCACGGGCCUUGUCUUGGACAGUGGGGCAACACACACCACAGCCAUCCCCGUGCAUGACGGUUACAUCCUCCAGCAAGGAAUUGUGAAAUCCCCACUGGCCGGAGACUUCAUUUCCAUGCAGUGUCGAGAACUUUUCCAGGAGAUGAACAUUGAGAUAAUCCCACCCUACAUGAUUGCCGCUAAGGAGGCUGUGCGUGAAGGGGCCCCCCCGAACUGGAAGAAGAAGGAGAAGCUGCCGCAAGUCAGCAAGCCCUGGCACAACUACAUGUGCAACGAGGUCAUACAAGAUUUCCAGGCCUCGGUACUGCAAGUGUCAGAUUCUCCGUACGAUGAACAGGUAGCUGCCCAGAUGCCCACCGUCCACUAUGAAAUGCCCAACGGUUACAAUACAGACUAUGGAGCAGAACGACUCAGAAUCCCAGAAGGGCUUUUUGACCCCUCCAACGUGAAGGGCCUGUCCGGGAACACAAUGUUAGGGGUUGGCCAUGUGGUCACUACGAGCAUCGGGAUGUGCGACAUUGACAUCCGUCCUGGUCUUUACGGCAGCGUCAUCGUCACUGGGGGGACCACCUUGCUGCAAGGUUUCACAGAUCGCCUCAACCGAGAACUGUCCCAGAAAACACCACCGAGCAUGCGCCUGAAACUGAUCGCCAGCAACAGCACCGUGGAAAGGAGGUUCAGCCCUUGGAUUGGGGGAUCCAUCCUGGCUUCUCUAGGCACUUUCCAGCAAAUGUGGAUUUCCAAACAGGAAUAUGAGGAAGGGGGGAAGCAGUGCGUGGAGCGGAAAUGCCCCUGAACAGACACAGCAGCCACCCCUUUCCCAUCCCAGGACCCUUGUGGAGGCUGCGGCCUCCCCCUCCCCCCCACCUUUCGACAGCCCUCCCGUGGAGCUUGAAGAGGAGGCCACCUCUCCCCUCAGAAUGUGGACCUGGAACUGCCCCCCGCCCCCAACCACCCAGGGUUUGGACCUGGUCCACUCCCAAAGAACUCGGGGGUGUUGACCCUCCCCACCACCCCAUUUCCCUUCCCACUGGGAUUCACAGCCUUAUGAAAGAGAUGGGAGGGGGCAGAGUUCUGAACUCAGCAGCCAGGAAAGGGGUGUGUGUGUGUGGGGGGGGUCCCUUUCCCCGGGGCCUGGAGGAAUGGCUGCUCUUCUUCACUCAUCUU